AUGCGACCGUGGCCGACCUAUCUUCGGGGAUUGAAUUCGGCAAGUUAUACCGAGGCUGGCAUUAAGCGGAAACGAACUCGGCUGGCGUGCGGAGCCUGUCGGGUUCGCAAAGCGAUAUUUUCUAGAACAAGUCCCUGUGAAAGGUGCAUCUCCAGAGGCAUAUCCUGCGACCUUGCCACCAACGGCGACGACGGGUUGAUGAGCGUAUCCACGCCGAGGACGACAAUCAGUAUUAGCCCUAGCAUGAUAACGUGGCCGUCGGAUAAAGCAACGGCAAGACAUUAUCUCGAUGCUUACUUUGACUUCGCAUUCAAAACGCUUUCGGCAUUUCUUCACAAGCCAAGUGUCCUAGCUGACUGGAGCAAAGAUUUCCUUGAUCAGCAAUUGCUGAAGUGUAUCAUGGCAUUUGGGCUGUUCGUGAGUGACCACCGACCAGAGGCUUGUGCAACGGCUCGGGCUUUGAUGCAGGAAGUGCAGGAAGUGCAGGAUUAUGUCUUCAAGUGGAUAGAGCAGACGAUUGCUCACCUGAAAAAUUCCGGUCACUUCGCUGCGCUUUCGUUUCAUGCCGGCAAUUUCUCAGACGCCCGGAGUCUCCUGGCUAUUGCUGCUCGCUCGGCUUUCACAAUGCGACUGGAUUAUGAGCAUGAAGGAUUAGAUCCUCUAGUCCAAGAGUCAAGCAGGCGGCUUGUCUGGACAAUAUACAAAACUAGAUCGCCUAUACUCCGAUGUCACAAGUACACCAAAGGCGUCCGGAGGAUGGGUAAUAGUCCUGCUGAGAGCAGCGCCGCUAUGGAGGCUCUUCUGGCCGAGCUCAACACAUUUGAACGGACCCUUCCUCCCGAGCUCAAGCUCACUCCGCAACGGCUAGUGGUCAUGGGCCACUCUCGCGAGGCCGCUACCUAUGCCGGUCUCCAUGCGCUUUGGACGAUGUGUCAUUGUGAUCUCUACCGCUUCUGUGUUCCUGGGAUCCGGGAGUCACUAGCUCGGACGCCUUCGAAUUUCAAAGAUUACUGCCAGCAAGCGUGCUUUAGUAUGGCUGUUCAACUUUGUGGGCUGUGGUCCGACUUAUAUCAUCUUGAGUCCAGCGAAUACUUUGGCGACGAAUUCCUUGCAGUAUCGAUAUAUCAAGUAACUCAGAUCCUGCAUCACCUUCCUCACCUCAUGUCAGAACACGGUGAAAACAGUGUUGAGUCCCUGAAGAAGAAGCUCAACAAGGCGUUACAGCUUGCCGCACCCCUGAGAUGGGUAUACGCCAGUGCAAUCAACUGCCUUAGGAAUACCGAACGUCUGCUCAGCGCACUAGGGCGAUUGUCUGGCGCCCGAUCUUCUCCAGAUGCCAAUCCUGGGGAAUUCAGAUACUGCACGAGAACAUUCUCGCCUCAAACACUCGGUAUUACCGCACUUGUACAGAGAUAA